AAAUUUAAUAAUUAAAAACUGAUAAUGUAUAUGGUAAAUGAUAUUGUGCAUGAAAAAACAGGAAAUAAUACUAGACAAUGAAUGUGUUGUGUUGAUGUUGUGGAGCUCCGCCGUCGCUGUCUCUUGUUGCCUCCUGCACUCCUGCCUGUGUCCGUUCAUAAAUAUGCCAAAGGAAGGGGAAGAUCGAAGUAUAAAAGAUGAAGCACCGUCACUCACAGAUGUCAUUACUGAAGACAAUUCCUCCUCAUGCAAAAUUACAGAAAAUGUUGAAAGUGAAAGCGAAUUACUAAAAGAAGACAGUGUGAGUGAAGAUGUAUCCAAAAACCCAGAUGACUCUUCAUUUCCUGAUGAUGUAAUAGUUCUGGACACCACAGCUGAGGCAAACACUGAUGAAAUAUGCAAAAGUUCAUAUGAAGUUGUUAUGCCAGAGGGAGUCUGUCUGGACACAGAUGGAGAUGAAACGAAUAUUGCUGAAGACAUUUCCGGGGAGUUUCGAGCACCACUUGGUGUUGUGCCUGAGUAUGAAACGGGUUUUGCUGGCGUUCUUACCGAUGUAGAGUUUAGCAUGAUAACGGGCAAAAAAAUCAACGAUGCACGACCAAAGAAACGGUGCUUUAACUGUUCGGGUGAUCACAAUUUGUCCGACUGCCCACACCCGCAGGAUGCAGCAACAAUUGCUACUAAUAGGAAAAAGCAUAUAAACACUCGAGGACCUAAUGUGAGGUACCAUGAAGACAGUGAAAAUAAGUUUGGACACUUCCAGCCUGGAAAGAUUAGUGAAGCUCUCCGACAUGCUUUAGGACUGAAACACAAUCAGUUGCCUCUAUUUAUUUAUCGAAUGCGGGUUUUAGGAUAUCCCCCUGGGUGGCUUUUAGAUGCUGAGGUACAUCAAGCAGACGUGAAAAUGUAUGAUGCUUCUGGAGAAAGUGUUUCCCAUCCAGAUACAGAAGAAGGAGAAGAUGAACCCACAUCCAUCAAAUAUAAACCAGAAAGACUUGUUAGUUUUCCUGGAUUCAAUGAUCCAACUCCUCGUGGUGUCAGAGAUGAAGGGCAGCAGUACAAUUUUCCACCAAUGCAACAUUGCCAUCAAAGAACAGAAUUUUUGAGGUUCAUGAACAUGAACAAGGCUGAAGCAUAUAAAAAAAAGAAACUUAAGGGCUCCGAGAUGAGGAGUAAAAGCCUUAAUGCAAGUAUUGCUGCUGGAGCAGAAAUGGAUGUUGAUGAUAGUGGAAUCAUCAAAUCGGCUGAGAUAGAGUUCAACCCACCUCUUCCGAAGGAGCCUUUGCCACCACCUCCCCCGAUGGAUUUGCCACCACUUCCUCCACCACAAGUUCAACCACCACUCCCAAAAAGAGUGCUAGAGAUAGAAGAUGGAGAGAUCAGCGAAGACUCGCAAGCCUCAUUAGGAGACUUGGAGAUUAAAAGACUCAAGAUACUAAAGGAACUGGAAGAUGCAUCAUCACAGGGGGCUAAUGGAGGAGGAGGAAUAAGCAUGAAAAGUAAAGAUAGUAAAGAUGUCCACAACGUGAACAUUGAUCAGUCGAGUGAAAAUUCAGAAGACGGCAGAAUGUCUAAUAAUUCUGUCACCGAGUUAAGUCACUCUGAAAAUUCCAGUAACGAUGUAAGUGAAAGUGAUUUAAAACGUCAUCACCGAUCACAUUCAAAGGGUUACAAGUUAGGAGCCAUUAUUCCCGAGUCCUGCACACCUUAUAAUACCCUCCCAAGUGCAGAAAAGUGGACAGUUGAUGUGUCAGAUCAUAUUGUGUUUGAAAAUUUGCCUGAUACUCUUGGAACUUGGCAAAAGAUGAAAGGAGUCAUGAAUCUUGUGAAGAAACGAAUGGUUGAAUUGCAUGAAGAUGAGGAUGAAUAAUUAUAAUAAUUUAUAAGAUGUAGUUUUAGUACAUUAUUAUUGAAAUAAAUAUCUAGCAAAAACAUUGUAUGUAGGAAUACAAAUAUAUUUUAUAAAAGAACUUAUGAUGAUAAUCUUGGUAGACUGUUUCAGUACAAUUUGAGAUUGAGCUCUUAAAUAAUUAGUUUUUAAAGUCAACACAAAAGAUAUUCGAAGGCAAAGUUUUAAGAUGAAGCAAUAUAUGUUCAGUAUUUACUUUUUCAUUUGCAGUAUAAUACAUGACCAAAACUGAGUCCCAGUACUGUUGUGGCCCCACGUCCCCCGGCCCAAUAUUACUGAGAUUGUUUUUUUAAUUACAGUAUAGUGUACUUAGUGUAAAAAAAAUAAAUUGGAGGGCUAUCACUUGUUUAGCCCCUGCACUGCACACCUGUUUUUCGCAAAAAUUUCAAGGUGCCGUUGUUAAGGACAUAUUUUUGUUGUUUUUAUAAAUGUUUAACUAAUGUUAAUGUCAAAAUGUUUCCAAACUCAAUCAUUUUCAUUUCAAAUCAAAAAGAGCAAUGAAGACAUUAAAAAACCUUAAAAUAUGGCAUAAUUAAAAAACAAUCGCACAACCCUCAGAGCGCCUUAAGGUGCUUUCCGCAGUGCAGUGGUUACAGUACAGUAUGUCGUAAAGCAGGAAAUUUAACUCGAACAAUGUGUUGUAGGUUAUAAUUUAGUUUGCAUAAAGAUAAUUACAGUUUCUUAAAACAUUUUACAAAAAAGAUUUCUCUAUGGCUAUAUAAAUCAAGUAAUAGAGUAUACAAUGUAGUGGCCAGAAUAGAGCCAACUUUUGUUGAAAUAUGAAUAUUUUAUUGGUCACCAGAGAACUCUUAAAUACGGCCUCUUUUUUUUCUUUUUUUUUCUCAAAUAGGUAAUUUUUAAUUUGCACAUUAAAUGAUUCUACUUGGUUCAGUACUGAUGCAA